AUGAGUCGGUCUAACGAGAACAAUGAAAAAACUGACGAAGUUGAGAAAGCGAUCGAAGAGCUCAAAAACUUAAAAACUUUUGAUGAUGAGAAGUCUCGUGAAGGAACUUCUGGAGCUGUACCGCAACCAGUGAUUGAAGUUAAUGAGAUAGCUCCUGAUGAGAAACAACCUAAUGAACCAACUCCUGAUGUUGGUCUGAGUGCUAGUCCAGGUGGAUCUGAGAAAUCGAAAGAAGAAGUCAACUGCCUCAGUGUAACUCAGCCAACAACUUCUGAGCGGAAACCAUCAAGAAAUUUGGAGGAUAUCGAUAGAACUCUCGACGAACUUCAACAUCUGGCGGACGACGCAUAUAUGACUGCACAACUGGCUCAAGGGAACCAAGCCAAAUUGUUCGAUAAGUUGUUCGAGACAAGUUCAGUGUAUCUGAAAAAGUGUGAAACUGUGCCAGAAGAUCUGACCCAACAACAGUUUUCCGAUGAAGAUGGCAUUCUAGAGGAAAUUGAGGAAGCGGUCAGAGAUGCUGAAGAAAAGCAAUAUGAGCCGAAUCAUGUGAGCGUUGUAUUGGAUACGGAGUGCAGUUCUGAUGAUGACGUCGUUAACGAGCGGUAUCUUGGUCUUGGAAAAGUUGGUCAGUUGAGACUGGAUGAAGGAGGAGAAUCAUCACGAAGUACCGGUGGGCAUCGAGUACGACAACGUGUGUCUAGUAAUGCCACAUUACAUGAUCGACGUUCAAUUAUAUCCGGUCACGAGAGAGCCCGAAGUAAUGAUUCAAGGUCUACUAGCCUGUUCUCAUCUUCAAUUGCUUCGUUCCGUCGACCGAUUUCUCAUUUCUCCAUAGACAACUCUUGCUUUGAUAUCACUGAUCCGCCGACUCAACGUUCCUUGAUGUGUACACCAGUUGAAAAGAUGUUCGUCAAAAACUCUCGCUCAGCACCGGAAAUGCGGGUUCAUGAAACCAAAAUUCAUCCGUUCCUACCAUCACGUUCUCCAUCCAAUGAUGCCACAACAACGACCAGUGAUGUUCCGAGCGUUUCAUCCGAGUUGUCUAUGGAACAACCACCUCAACCAGCUGUAGCUAACUUGAAACUUCGUUUGAGUGAAGGAUUGGCUGAAACCGCUUCUCCAGUGGCAUCUCCAAUUGUGAAACCAAAGAGCCGAAAAGAAAAGAAAACCAAUCAACAAAUGCUCAAAGGGUCGGCCAGUUCUCCCAACAUGAAUUCACAAAAUUUGGUUGUGAAUAUUAUGAAACCAGUAGAUGUGGAGAUAGAGGGUGACAAGCCAAAACUCAACACAAACCGGACAUUUGAAGUUGUGACUGUCAAUAUUGCUAACGUGGAAUUUGUUCGGAAGCCGAAAAAGUCUCUGUACGUGAUGGCCAAGUUUGAUGGAAAGGAUGUGCAUCGUUCUUCGAAGCUUCGAAACGAAAAUCUUGCACACGACUUCUCCGUCGAAACAACCGACUCGUUCUCGAACUUGCAUCUUGUCUUCCUUGAAGGAUCAAAAGCAAAAGUGGCUCGUCCCGUGGGAAAGGUGUCGAUUGCAAGAAAAGAUCUUGAAGUUGGAGCUCCACUCGAACAGACUUUGAAACUGUGCGCCGUGUCCAAGUAUCCUGAUUUCUGUGGUCAAAUUUGUAUUGAUAUCCGUCGUCGGACGGGCUCAUUUUCUUUGAGAGUCGUCGACUACGGUGGAUUGAAACUCAAAGAGAAUCAAUCUCUACUCCUACUCGUGUCCAUAAUCAACAAUUCCAGCGAAGUGGGCAAGCUGUCCAUCGACGCUGACGAAAAGCGAAGCAAGGAAUGGUUAGAAAUGCCAUGUGCUGAAGGAAUGCUCUCGUUAAAAUUGACUCUCUGGCAGGAUCUCCUAAAGGGCAUCAAUUCAGUUUUUCACGGUCAAGUUCGAGUUGACGUGGACGAGAACUGGAAGUCUGGACCAGCUAAGUGGUUCUACUUGCGUGCGAAAACUAAUGAGGAAGGUGAUAGUGGUGAAGAAGGUGGAGAUAUUGGAGAAGUCACUUUAAGAACCACCUAUCAAAUUGAUCAUAUUCUACGCAUGCAAGUGUACAAACCACUUCUCGAUCUCCUCUUCUCGGCUGGAGAUGUUCAACCACUCACGGCAUCACUUGUUGCUGUCAUUGAAGCUCUUCCGAAGGUUGAACUCGGACCAGUAUCCCGUUCUUUGGUUGAACUCAUGGCACAAACGGAUCGUAUUCGUCCAGUUCUCAGCUCUCUCUACGUCAAUAGUAUCUUAAAGUGCCAGGAUGAGAAUACAUUGUUCCGUGGACAAUCUCUUUCUGGAAAGAUGUUGUUCGAGAUCUUGACUACAUUCGGUAAAAUGUAUUUGAUCACUACAUUGAAACCAGUUGUCGAUAAGAUCUACAAGGAGCGUAAGAAUUGCGAAGUUGACCCAGCUAGAGUCGUUGUUGGAGCAUCCUUGGAGAAGAACAGAAACAAUUUGUUGGUCUACUUCCAAAUGUUGUUUGAACGUGUCACAACUAGCUCUUCUGACUGUCCACAUCUUAUCAAACAACUGCUAUAUGACUUGAGAAAUGUUGUUGGAACUCAUAGUGUCCGUCCAGGUGUUCAACGUCUUGCCGUCUCAUCAUUUGUCAUAAUGCGUUUCUUUGCCGCCGCAAUUCUAAAUCCAAAAGCUUUUGAGAUCCGAAAGGACCAACCAGAUCUCCGUGUGUCCAGAACUCUUUUGUUGCUCUCAAAACUUCUUCAAAGAUUGUCGAACUGUAGUGUUAGCGAGGGACCAUUGUCUUCAAAGGAAAUCUGGCUGAAUGGAGUGUUUGAAACAGUGACAAGUGAACAACACAAACUUCUUAUGGCUACCUUCCUUGACAACAUUUCUUUGGUUGGAGAUCGUACUGAACCACCGAAAUGCACAGUUUUUAAGUUCGGAAACCUCCAACAAGUUGACCGAAGCCGUUUGGCCUGGAAAAAAGUACUGCACUACAAGAAGCGUUAUGUCCAACUGACUGAUAGCAAUCUUAUCUGGCAGAAGGAUGUUCAAUGUGCACCAAAGGGGACUAUAUUGUUGUCAGAUAUUAAAUCAGUCACUGUUGAUAACAAGAACAUCAUCACUAUUGCUUGUGAGACUUCUCAAGUUGAAUUCGAAGCACCAGGAGGAGUCGAAGCAAAUGAUUGGUUGAACGCUAUUGAACGACAACGUAACCGUGCAACUCAUGAGACCGCAGAAGAACCAGGAGAGCACUUCUUUGUUGACGCUGAAAGACAUGUGGACAAAAUUCAUAAUCUAUUGUACAAGUAUCGUGAUACAAUGAUUGAAUGGAGAGACCAACUGCAGUCAAAUGCCGAAUUAGAUGAAAAAACUGCACCGGAACUGCUCAAAGCGAGCUAUGUAGCCGAAGGAGAAAGACAAAUGCACAAAGAGUCACUUAUUGCUACCCUCUGUUCCACUAUCGACGUCACGGAUGCCAUUCAACUAGCACAUGAAGAAUACGAGAAAGAGAAUAAAGGUCAAAUAAAGAUGGAGGAAGCUCCAGCGGAGUGCAGUCAAAAACAAACUUGA